GCUUUAGCAUUUAAUAAUGUGCGAUCAGAUUAUUGUAACAUAAGACAUCGGCCAUUCGAAGCAGAAUAUCGUGUUUGAAGAGCUUGUGUCCGUGAACAAAACAAUAUGAAGGUUCUAUUAAUAAGUGCUAUCCUUUUACAGGCCUGGUGCAAUGCUUACCCAAAACCGAAAGGUGUAGCGUCAUACGUGUACACUGACACAGACGGUAACAGGUACGGGGGAACUUACGAUCUGGGGAACAACAUCGCCCCAUUCAGCGACCCCAUUAUAUCGUCAUUCAGUGACCCUUACGUCCCUGAAUUCUUUAACAACUUCGGCAACAUACUUCCACAGAUAGAUUUAAAGAAUCAGAGGCCAGCGUUAUUAAACGAUCCGAGAGCUUUUAAUCCUACAUAUCAACGGAGAGGAUAUAAUCCCUCUUUCUCUAGGUUUCCGUUCGGGGGAUUCCCAUUCGGACCAUCUGCUUUCAACGUGAAUCGGUUUGGUGAAAACGCCGCUUUCGCAAGCUCGGCCAUCGCACCAGGAUACAGACAUCAAUCGGCCAUUAUAAGUCCCGCGAACGCCGACAUUCCGAACGUUUCUCUUACGGACAGAUUUGCUGAACCAUCUGAUGAUGGAAAAUUCUACAGCGUCUCCAGCUCCUCGUUUGCAUCAUCCGACAACGAUAAUGGCAAACUGUCAGGUUUCAGGCAAGCCGAAACUGUUGUUAAUGACAACGGCAAGAUAACCAAGUACCGGGUCCAUAGCUAAUUAAAUUCUUGAAGCGCCGCAAUAUUGGUAGUAUGUAUUUAAUGUAUCAAGUAAUGAAUUUUUAUAAUGAGGCUGUGAUUCUCAGAUAUUCAAUGUAUUAAAACAGGCGCUUGUCAUUCAUGUAAUAAAGAAGUAUUAAAUUU